AUGCGGGUACCCAAUAAAGUUAGAGUGUUUGCAUGGAGACUUUGCAAGGAUAGUCUACCCUCCAAGCUAAACCUGUGUAAGAGGAAGAUAUUAGAGAAUACUACAUGCGAGUUCUGUAAUUACCCCAUUGAAGACAUAUCUCAUGGCAUGCUAAAUUGCCAGGACAUCAAAGAUGCAUGGAAACAAUUAUUACCCGAGUAUAGGAUAAAUAAGUGGAACAUUGAGCACUCCCUAUUGAGUCCUAUGCAGACUGCUCACCAAGCUAUCGGGUUGCAAAAGACUCUAACCCCACCAACUUCUGAACCAAGCUACUUAAUGCAGAAACUAGGUUGCUGGUGUGCCCCACCGACUGGGUUCUGCAAGAUAAAUGUGGAUGCUGCUUUAUUUUUUGACCUCAGGAAGGUUGGGGUAGGUGCUGUGGUUAGCGAUGAGAGGGGAAAUAUGCUUAUGGCUGUCAACAAAGUCGAACAUGAGCUCAAUGAACCAGAAUCUGUUGAGACUUUAGCAAUGUUACGAGGCCUUCAAUUUAUCUUGCAUUUGGAGAUUUCAAAGGUGGUGCUCGAGAGUGAUUGUUUACUCAUGGUCGAAGCCUUGUCUACAAACACAACACUUUUAUCAACUCAAGGCAACAUUUUACAGGAGAUUUGGGACCUGCUCAGACUUUUUGAUGAACACAAAGUUCAACAUGUGGUUCGAAGUGAAAACAAGUAG